GUCACUCGUCGCUCCACCGCCCGCCACCCACACCACCGCGCUCGUCGCCCGCUGCAGCCUCUCCGACCGCGACUCUCGAUAUCCAAUGGCAACCGCAGCUAUCCAGACACGCAUCGGGUCCGCGACCCCCAUCUGGGACAAGAACCGGGCUUGGAGGGUGGGGGAGCACUGCUCACUCUGGGUCAAUGGGGGCGUCGACGUCUACGCAUGCAUCGUUGCCCACGUCUCGUCCACCGCCACACAGCCCCGACCAGGGUCGCCCUACUGGCAGUUCAUCGGGAGGAGAUAGGCGACGGGCCGCCUGGUGCCCCCGUCCGCCGUCCCCCCCGGGUCGACGGACGCCGAUCUCUCGCGCAGACGCGCUGUCCCCCACAAUAGCGCACGCGCACACGCACACGCAUCGCAUGGAUCCGUAUUUAUGCACACUUGCCGCCGCACCACCAUCCACUUCGCGACUGUCGUACACGGCAGCGCUCGAAGGCGCGCCACGACGACGCGGCGGAGGGAGAAGACGAAGAGGAGGAGAGGAGAGAGGGGGGACCCCGAUGCAUGUUGUUCUUGGGCCGCCACCGGCAAUGGGGGAGGAGGGGAUCUGACAUGCGCGUUUUCUUUUGGUCUCUUGUGUUCUUCGCUAUGGGUUCUGCUCGAGUCUCUGCUUUCCCUGCGCGUCCUUUAGAUGUAUAUUCACUUUAGUUGCCUAACUUAUUCGCCUCCGCCUUCUCCAUCACUGCCCCCGACAUGUACUUGUAGCACGCACACUCGAAUCACAGAUAUCGCUCUAUUAUCGC